AUGUCAGUUGCAACCAGCUCGUUCUUUUCCACAUACGCUCAGCUUAUAAAUUUGGCCCCAGACGCUCCCUCGGAUGCAUUCUACGGCACUGACGACUACAACAAGAUCGACACUUUAGGUCCUUCGUUGCCAAAGCUUCCAUAUGUGUUCCCACAGGCAAGCGAUGCCAUUUCAGAGAAUGAAGAUGUUGUCACUGUCAACGUCAAGUCCAUUAAGCCUCCAUUGAAGUUUUCUACGCUGCUCAACGGCAUUCCUCUAGGAUACUCCAUCUACAAGGUCAAGACGAAAUUGGUUGAAGAUGUGGACGUUUUGAAGAACGCAGGUUCUACUCCUGGUGACCUCAAAGUCAUGAUCAAGGCCAAAGUUGUUUCUGAUGCUACGGUGCUUUCGUCGUUGAUUUCUGGCGACGCAGAAAUAAGCUUUACUGUGAUGGUAUCAGCACCAAAACCCAAGGCUGUGGAUCCAGCCGAGGAGGUUCCGGUGGCUAAUGAGAAUGCUACCGUUAGUGUGGCAUCAUGGCAAAAGAUUUAUGACAUUUUGGUUGCUGAUCUUGGAGAUGUUGAGGCUAAGGCAGCUUUGGAGAAGUUCAGAAAUGCCUUGUGA